AUGCCGCCCAAACGUCAAUCCUCAUCUUCCUCAUCCACCACAACAACCACGGCUGCUGCACUCGGUGGGGUCACGAGUGGUGAUUUUUAUCCUGCCGAUGAAUUCACGCGAACUGUAAAGAAGCGUUUGGCGACGUCUUCGAGAACUGGCCAAGCCUGCGAUAGGUGUAAGGUUUGUUCUUCCCCUCUUAUCCUCUUGUACACCUCGUUCACGUCUAUUCAUCCCGGGAAUCACCGUCCCUAACUUCAUUUUAUUGAUACCCCUCACCGUUUAGGUUCGCAAAAUCCGAUGCGACGGUCUGCCAGGAGGUUGCUCGCCAUGUAUUCAGAAUCGAACAGAGUGCCGAACUACCGACCGUAUUUCUCAAAAGGCUAUCCCUCGGGGCUACGUAGAGAGUCUUGAGGCAAAAUGUUCCGCGCUUGAAGCCAAGAAUAAGGAGAUGGAGGCUGCACUUGCGAGAAUGGGAAUAGAGAGCAGGAGCAAUGGUGCUGGUGGGACCAACGGAUUCGCUCCUCGAACCACCACCGACUGGGGCACAACUAGUGCGAAGGCUGGCUCUGAUGGACCUUGGAGCCAGAAUAGGAGAAACUUCACUGGGCCCGGCCAGGGAAAUUAUCCGACCUCGACUGGGUCUUGUUGCUCUUCACAGACGCCGGAGAGACUCUGUCAAUCUAUCCGGUCUGCUAGCUUCCGACCCGGGAAUACCGGGACUCACUAUUUAGGGAUUUCUUCGAGCUCUUCGUACCUCAGUUCCAUCAAAGCUUCGGCGUUGUCUCUCCUUGGAAUUGAUAUCGACUUAUCAGACCUGGAUCCCAGCGAACCGAGUCAUUCACCUAAUGCGACUGAUGAAUCGUUCAGCAGUUGCCUUUCGACUAUCUUCAAUGUCAAUCCAAAUGUGCCCAAGAUGGAAUUACCCCUGCGGGAUGAAGCUUUUCAAUAUGUGGAUUGGUUCUUCGUCAUAUCUCACCCUUACCUGCCCAUCCUUCACCGUCCAACCUUCAUCACGAUGGUAGAGCUCCCUCGUUUCCCUUACUCACUCCCGCUCUUCGGACGUCUGCUAACCCGACCGCCAUUCCAGCUUGAUAAGAUGUACAACGACAAGGCCUACGAGCCCAGCCCUGCUCAGAUUGUGAUGGUCCAUAUGGUUUUUGCUAUUGUACACUUUCAGAAUGCGUCACGGGACCGCAUGAAGAACCGAGGUCAUAGUACACCUGCCUCGACCGAGGUCAUGCAACGUUCGCGCAACCAUUAUCAUUACGCCCUUUCAUUCUUUUAUGGUUUGCUCAGUCAUUCUACGCUUGAAGAUCUCCAAGCUAUCGGAUUAAUUCUUCAGCAUCUUCGCGCAUUCCCCAAACCUGGUGGAAGUUGGCUCUUAUCCCGUAUCGCUAUCUCGCUGUGUUUCGAGCUUGGUCUUCACCGGUCCCCCAAGAAAUGGGUCUAUCCCGGUUCGACGCAAAAUACUAUCGAGAUAGAGUUGCGAAAACGAAUUUUUUGGUCCAUUCUCACGUUGGAGACCUCCCUGAGCUCAAGACUUGGCCGGCCGAUGAGCAUUCGGGCCGUCGAUUACGACGUUGAGUACCCGGAGCGAAUUGAUGAUGAAUAUAUCACCGAAUCAGGUUUCAUCAAGCGUGAUGAGAGCGUUGGUGAAUGCUCAUUCGAUGUUGCUAUAGAAAUGUUCAAGUUUACUACUCUCUACAUCGAAAUGUUGGGAACAUUGUACACCCCUGCACGGCCUUCGACGGAGAAAUACGUCUCUCUUGUGCAAGACUUAGAAGCCAAGCUGGAUGCGUGGAGGGCUCAAGCUCCAAAAAGCAUAGGUAUGGACAACGGAGGAGUGGUUUGAGGUAGGUAUCUUGCUGAUAGGCCAUAGCUCUCGGCGCACCCAAAGUGGAAAAGAGAUUUCAGGCAGUGCACCUAGAUUCCUGGUACCACGAGUGAGUUAGACUUCGCGUCUGAAUUGAGCUUCAUUCCUCGCUAAUAUCCUUAAUGAUGUCGAAUUCUCAUGCGUCAUCCAUCACUGAGCCUUUCGCCAUCCCCCUCGUUCACGAGUGACUGUAUCACAAUAUGCGUCGAGUCAUCUCGCCAGAUUCUACAUCUAACGGACGAGCUGCGCAAGGGGAGUCAUUACCUGGAUACAACCUGGUCCGGAACUACCAUUCAGCUUCUAGCUACCCUAACAAUCCUGUUUUCCGUAUGGCAAAAGCGGGAUACGGUUAGUUCCGAAGAGGUGAUACAAGUCAAAACUGACAUGGAUUUAUGCAUGGAUAUUAUGGGUGACGUUGGAAGUCUGCUGGGUACGCCCUCAAUUACACACGUUGGGGCCGAGGACUCGGACUGACCAAUUUCCACAGGCUCUCCCAACAGACUGCGAGAAGUAGUACAACUCCUAACUCAGGGAACAAUGGAGCUUUUGAAUCGCAAGAAGGAACAAAACCCGCGCUCUAUGUCAACCGCUCGGGGAAGCACGAACUCCUCAUACCCACCGUAUACCACCUCCCCUCCAUACAACACUGCAGCAACAGCGCCCCCUGCAAUGAAAAUCCCUGCUCCAGUCACCCAGGAUCAAUUCCAGCCUCCCCUUUACCACCCACCUCCUCAUGACGGCCGCCCCCCAAUCUUCAAUGACCCUGGAGUGGUUCCGGGAAGCGAUUUUGAACCCUCACUCACUCAUACGGGCCCAAUCUACAACCCUCAACCGCCUGUCUUCGCCCAGGGCGCAACCCCAUCUUAUCCAAUGGAUUGGUGGUCGGGUAACGAAUCCUGGCGUGAAUACACCCACUCAAUUUCACACAUGGCGGGCGAAUUGGACCCUACAGAAACUUACUCCUCUGCCAGUGCGCUCAUCACUCUGAACAGGGAUUGUAAUAACAGCAUAAUUCGCCCUGACCCUCCCGCGCAGCACACCAACGCGAAUGUGAGCGCUCCCGGUGGGAUUGUUCUGAGUACCGCUACUACGGCGGAAAGUCCGGGCGGAGCUAUGCCGAGCAGGAGCCCGUUUUCGCAGAAUAAUGAGCCACCGAAUGGUUGGCCCAUGAUGGGGAACUUUGCCUUCGGCGAUAACUCUUUGCCGAGGGGCGGGGAUGGAGGCGUGCCU